GUAAUCGCCAAAGCAAACGUUUAGAAAGAUGGGCAGUAAUUCCAUGUCACCCCAUUUGCUAUAUACCAAUUUACAGUAUAUGAGCCAUAUUUUCAUGCUGAUCUUAAUCUUAGCUCUGGAUAGCGCAUAUCCGCCUGGACACUGGUCAAAGGACCCCUUUUCCAUCUUUCCCGAGGUGGCUUCGGGAACUGCACCCGUAGUCAGCGCUAUCUAAGCCUAAUCUUGGACUAAAAUUUCUGUGUGGUCUGUUUGCUCUUAAAGAAACUAAUUAUGAACGAUACGUCAGGUUCGUCGGUUGUUCCAACGGCCACCGCACCACCUGCGCAUGUCGCGAACAUAGCGACAACCUUGAGAAAAAUGGAUUUCAUACGGAACCUGUAUCGCUGUGGCGUGGUCGGUCUGCGUGACGACACCAACGGCCUAGUGCGCCACGGCAUCAUCCGCGAUCUGGCGGCGAACGGCGAUUUCCUCGUUGACUUCGGCGUGACGGGUCAGAACAAAGUCAGCGUGCCCGUUUGCCAGUGCCUGGAAUGGCGGGGGCCCUGCUCCCCCGCGCCCCCGACCCCCGGGACCCCCGUCCUAACCCUCUACUGCACCGCCCCUGAUUACACGACGUAUUGUCGGGGGGUGCUCCGCUCGCUGAAGUUCGUCCCCGGUCAGCCGUGGUACUGGUACCCCUCCACCUUCCUGGCGGGGGAGGACGCCCAGUACGCUUGUGUGGCCAUCCACCUCCCGGGCGGGGAGACGCUGCGCACGGUGGUGCGGCCGGAGCGCGUGCGGCGCGUCCCCCCGGUGGAGCACGGGGACGGGUGGGUCCCCUACCCGUCCGAGCGGCUGCGCUACUGGCGACACGCCGUGCCUGUCAUGGAUAAGCAUCUGAUGGCCGCCUCCCAACAGAUCCUUCUGAUCCAGGCCGGGGCGGCGUUCCGCACGGCCUGGCAUACCGCCACCAGCAGCAUCAGCGUCGGGCUCCGUCCAGGACAGACCGGGUGGCUGGACCUCGUCUACCUGUCCCACCAGGAGACACCGAUGCCCGAUACUGAAGUGAUGAGUAAGCUACGUGAAGUUGUGGAGAAGUUUAGACACUCUCCGAAACCGAAACCGAAACAGAAUCAGGUGCCGAAACGAUCUCUGGACGUUGCCGGCGGCACGCCGGCGAAAAAGCCAACUAAAGCUAAAUCGGCUGCGCUAAGUCGCUCGUCAGACCCAUUAGUGUCCGAAUUGACACCGCGCAUCACGGCGGAAAUCCUCUCCUGUCUAGCGGUCAACCAACAGAUGACGUGCCGCCGUGUAUGCACCAAAUGGAACGGGAUUGCCACCGCCGGCAUGCUGACCACCGUUAUAAUCGACCCAGGCAAGUAUCCCCGGGCCAAACUGCCUUAUGCGUUGUGCCACACGAUCAACCCGAACACCCAGCUCCUGCUGAUCACCAACGGGACGCACGUGCGGGAGUUCACUGUGUCUUUCUUCAACGUGGUCUUCGACAUGCUCCGGGGUCUCCAAACCCGGGUGCCGUGCAUUGUCGUAACCGAUACCAAGGUGCUGGCGCGCGAUCUGUAUGUGGAUAAAUGGCGGAACACGUUGCCGUGGUCGACGGUGUGUCAGCGGUUAGUUCUGCGCAACGUCAAGCUGGUGUUACAGCAGCGGCAACGCGAGGGAGCGGAUGAUCUGGUAUGGCUGGAAGGGGUGCUACGGAGGGAUUACGGGAUACGUGACUGCCAGUGGAAAUUAACGGAACACGCGCGGGGUCUGUUCGUUGAUGUGUUGGCGGUGUUGCGGAUUAUUGACGGAAUUCGACGGUUCAACCCAUAGGUGUAACUGGUGUAGACGGAAUUCCGCGGAAAUUGGAAUCGCAAAAACUGUUUUCACGCCAAUGUAUGCAUAUGCGUUUCCACUUUGGAGUUUGGAGUGUGAACAAACGAAACGAAUAUCUUUCGGAGCACGCGACAGCGAACGCUGCAUCGAGCGUGUACGAUUUUUGUAGUAUGUUUUGCAUUUAUCUCUAAGCUGAUGAGCUUACGUAACUAAUAGCUAAUUCGUUUACCGACACUCGAUCUCAAGAGCAAGAAUUAAAUCUCUGUGAAGACCUCUCUAAUAACGUUUUUCUGGAACAGUGUUUCUUAGGUUUACUUAGGUUUCUUAGGCUUAUUAGGUUUAUUUCUUAGGUUUCUGUUAUGUGUUUUUCUUGUAUUUUAA